CAGCAACGCUCACUUCCUUCCUUUUUUUCCUCGCACCGAUGUUUCUGACAAUUCCUGUCAAAUCAAUGUGUUUUAUUAAUGUUUUCUAAGCUGAUUUAUUGAGACGAAACAUGUUUAAACGAAGCAAUUUUAUUGCUAAAUACCGAGUUUACGCAAAAACUUUAAAGACUUUGCAGAACAAAGCGACGUCAGAAUGUAGUACAUCUCUUGGAAAUAAAUAUGAAAAGCUAAAUGAUUCACUUAAAACUGUUAUAGAAAAUAGUCAAAAUGUAGCCAGACAAAGUAAAGUAUUAAGUAUAGUUCACAAUAAAAUCAGUGAAAAUGUGAACAAAUCAAAGGCAAGAUGUGCAAACUUAUCACAAACUCUGAAAGGCAACAGGUUUUUAAACCCAAGACUACUUUAUGCUGCAGCAUUUAUUAAAUCUGAUCCAGUCACAAUCUCAGAUAAUGUAGUAAUCGAGCCGAUUCCCGAACCACCAUCUGCGCCUGAUCUGGCGGCUGAAGCUGCAAGUCAGCUAAAUGCGCUCGGAGAGUCUACGUUCGCGUCCUUGGGUCUCGGCGGAUGGACGCCGGUUGGCAUUGUGCAAAAUUGUUUCGAAUUUCUACACGUUAGUCUUGGAAUACCAUGGUGGGAAGCCAUAGCCAUAGGAACACUGGUGAUUCGUUUUGCAUUAUUUCCAUUGGUAAUAAUGGCGCAGAGGAAUGCAGCCAAGAUGAACAAUCACCUGCCUCAGAUGCAAGUUAUUCAGUUAAAAAUGACUGAGGCUAGACAAUCGGGCAAUCAAAUGGAAGUUGCUCGCUACUCACAGGAACUGAUGAUGUUCAUGAAGGAAAAAAAUGUGAAUCCCUUUAAGAACAUGAUCGUACCUUUAGCACAGAUGCCUGUGUUUGUGAGUUUCUUCAUGGGACUCAGACAAAUGGCAAAUGUUCCUGUGGACAGUUUACGCACUGGCGGAAUAUUCUGGUUUUCCGAUUUGACGGUACCAGAUCAGUUUUUCGCAUUGCCUGUGAUUACGAGUUUGACUUUGUGGGCAACUAUUGAGUUGGGAACUGAUGCUGCACGUUUAAAUUCGCAAAAUCUUCAAACAAUGAAAUACGUUCUGCGGGCGCUACCGUUUGUCAUUCUGCCGUUCACCGUUAAUUUCCCCGGAGCUAUUCUUUGCUAUUGGCUGUCAAGUAACGUUAUCUCACUUGGUCAAGUAGGAUUUCUCAAGAUUCCCGCCGUGCGCGAUUAUUUCAAGAUUGAUCCCAUGCUGCAGCAUGAUAAAGCCAAGUUGCCAAUACAAAAUAAAGGAUUCGUUGGUGGUUUGAAAGACUCAUGGACAAAUAUCAAGAUCACCAAAGAAAUCGAAGAACGCCGGCGAUUAGACGAGUUGCAGUUUCAGCGCGCUGGUAAAGGACCACUUGUUAAAACAUACAAAUAUGAUCCAACAAAACAAGUGAAAAAAACAAGUACUGCACAGAGUGCAAUAAAGAGUAGUAACUGAACAUUGCUGUAAACUUAAGAUUGAAUUAAUUUCAAUACAUUUAAUAAACAAAUGUACAAAUACA